AUGUCAAGAAAAAGUACAAGGAAUCCUGUUAAAACGAAACAAGAAAAUGCUCCUUCUACAAGAAUAAGUCGGAAACGCAAAGCAGAAGAGAACCAGUGGAUACCAAUUUCUGAAGAUUCCUCAGUAACGUCUUGUACAAUAGUUCCUGCUAUGGAUACAGCUAGUUCUAUGUGCAGUCCUGAUGAACAAACCACACCCACCGAAUUAUUCCGUGGCUCACAAUUCCGAUUCCAAAACUACUUCACCACCCCGAAAUCACUGCGAUUUUCACCAUUACCUAAAUUCAGCUGGGCUGAUAGUCAAGAAGUAUGGCAGUUAAUGUUAAAGAAAGAAGAGUUUUAUGUUCGUGAUACUCAUAUGUUUGAUAAACAUCCAGCUUUACAAUGUAGAAUGAGAACUAUUUUAUUAGAUUGGUUAAUAGAAGUUUGUGAAGUAUAUAGAUUACAUAGAGAAACAUAUUAUUUAGCUAUGGAUUUCUUAGAUAGAUACAUGUCUACUAAAUCUAAUGUACAGAAACAUCAGUUACAAUUAAUAGGCAUUACUUCAUUAUUUAUAGCUGCUAAAUUAGAGGAAAUUUACCCACCAAAAUUAACUGACUUUGCUUAUGUUACUGAUGAUGCCUGUACAGAAUCUGAAAUAUUAGAUCAAGAACUAAUCAUGUUGAAGUGUUUACGCUGGGGUUUAUCACCAAUGACAGUUAACAAUUGGUUAGGAGUAUACCUUCAAGUUUCCAACAUAGAUCAACUUAAUGAAACAGAACAUAGUUUUGUGUAUCCACAAUUUUCAGGUCAUUCCUUUGUACAAAUAGCAAGGUUAUUAGAUCUAUGUAUGUUAGAUAUAGGGUGUCUACAAUUCUCAUAUAGUGUUAUAGCAGCAUCAGCACUAUAUCAUUUAUCAUCAGAGAAAAUAGCUUUAUCAGUAUCAGGUUUUAAAUGGUCUGAUAUAUUACCAUGUGUUCAAUGGAUGGCGCCAUUUGCUGUAACUAUUCGUGAAGAUGGACCAUUAGAAAUUAAAUUUUUCUCAACGGUAGCUUCAGACGAUAGUCACAAUAUACAAACACAUUCAGUAACAAUAGCUUUAUUGGAAAAAGCUCAAGAAAGACAUGAAGAAAUGCUCAAUGAAUCUGGUAGGCGGAGUCCUGAUCCUGACAUGGCAGCUCAAGUAAUAACAUUAUUAACACCACCACAAAGUGAUAAAAAACCUUUACCUAAUAAAAGUGGUAUUAUAAAAGAGGGUUAUGAAGAAUGUUGAUAUUAAGUGUCAGUUUAUAGACAUAUCUUCCGGUGGUUUUAAACAAGACAAUUUUAACUGUGGAGUUGACAUAGUACUUGUGCUAUUCCUAGUCGAGAAGAAAAGACUUUUUUUUUAUCAGUGCUUCAAAAAUUGUCUGCUGCAAAGUUUGGUUGAUGAUUUCAAUACACAAUCAAAUGUGAGAAAUAAUUUUUAGACUAUGACAGCAGUUUUUUUAAGAAAAUGUAUUACAAGGGGCGAGAAAUUGACUUGCAACGAUAAGCAGGAGUGUAAUUUACUGACUAAACAAGUUAAAAACUUGAUAUCACUGCCUUCGUUGAUCUCAGACUUGUGUGAAAAACUUUACAAAAGAAAGUGGCCUUGAAUGCUUACAAAGUAUGAAUAUAAACUAUAAUGGAAGUGUGUAAGAAUUAUUAUUCUGAAUAUAUGUCCUCUGUGUUAGUAUGCAUGAUUUCAUAA